AUGGUGAAAGCAAGAGAAAAAUGGGGAUUCUUUAAGCUUAUGGACCAUGGGGUGCCUAGUGAGGUAGUUGAGAAUGUUACCAGUCGCUUGCACGAGCUUUCUGAUCUUCCCAUGGAACAAAAUCUCAAAGGUGGCAAAACAUCAAGCUUGUCAUUGGGCAACACAAUGAUAGAGUACAUGGAAGAAAUGGACAAGCUGGGAAUGAUUAUAAUGGAGAUAUUGGCUCAUGGAUUAGGCCUUGCAGAUGACUUCUUCAGUAAGAACUUUGAAGAAAAGGAUGCUACUAUUUUUAGAAUAAGCAGAUAUCUUCAUUGUCCUCUUCCUGAGAAGAUUGUAGGAAUAGGGAUCCAUUCAGACUCCCAAACAUUAACCAUAUUGUAUCAAGACAAGGUUGGUGGCAUUCAAGUCCUCAAGGAUGACAAACAAUGGAUUGGAGUUAGGCUACUUCCUAAUUCAUUUGUCAUCAAUAUUGCUGACACCCUUGAGCAAGUUUGGACAAAUGGAAGGUUAAAGAGUGUUAUACACAGGGCAGUGGUGAAUAAGGAGAAGCAGAGGCUAUCAAUUGCAUAUUUCAUGAAUCCAACAAGCAGUGCAACAAUUGAAUGCCCUCAACAGCUUAUUGAUUCAGUUUCUAAUCCAAGAAAAUAUGUACCUUUUACGUGGGGUGAACUGCGGUACCUUCUUUUGACUACCAGGAGGGUCAGGGGCAAAGCUGUUGCCAUCAAUAAUUUCCUUAUUUCUAGUUGA